AUGACGGAAGUGACGAUUCGCAAGGGGCUACGGAAUCCAUUAGACGAGGCACAAGUGCGUCGUGCUGUACUUGCGUUACAACAAUUUGCAGCUAAACGAAAUGAGAAGCGAACAAAGACGGCACUGGUUGAAGAUAGUGACUUGAUCUCAUGCAUUUUGACGCGUAAAGUCGUACCUGCGAAGGCGUCGUUAAAGCCUAUACCAAUCACACUUCCUCAUGCUAUACGUGAUGAAUCAGCCGACAUUUGUUUGUUUGUCAAGGAUGAAGACAAGAAGCGGAUUAAAGAAGCAUUAGACAAAGACCCUGUUCAAGGUGUGACGAAGGUCAUGUCAGUUAAAAAGCUACGCAAGAAUUUUUCUCAGUUUGAAGAUAAGCGCGCACUUGCUGGUGCCUAUGACAUGUUUUUGGCUGAUGACCGUGUAAUACCGUACCUUAAAGGUCCGCUUGGCUCGAAAUUUUUCACCAAAAAGAAACAACCUAUUGCUGUUCGUGUUUCGCGCAAAAAUGUCACUAGUAGCUUGCGUCUCGCUGCUAAACGAACGGCUUUUCACGUUAGUGCCGGCGUCUGCCAAAAUGUCAAAGUGGCGCGUCUGGACAUGACGAUUGAGCAAAUUGUGGACAAUAUCAUGGUGGCGAUGAAUAGCUGUGCUAAUCUUGUGCCGAAGGGAUGGAAUGGUGUACAGUCGAUAAAUUUGAAGCUUGUGGAUUCGGUUGCCUUACCAGUGUACAAUGCUCUGGCCCCACUGGCCAAACUGCCACCAGUUGGAAAGACUUCAAAUUUAAAGAAACGGAAACUAGAAGAGUACCUUGCUGAAUCAGAAGAGAAUGAGAAAGUAGGCGACAAGACCAAAAAGCAGCAGAAAGUGGUGGGCGAUAAAGUAAAGUCUCAAGAGAAUAAUGUGGUCAAGGCUGCUGACCUAGCAGAGAAAAGGCCUAAGAAGCACAACAAGAAGGUGACGAAGGAGGACAAACCUGCAGAGAUGACUUCGCAUUCAGCUAAGACGAAGAAGAUUCGAUCGAAGAAAAACGGAUCAAAGAAGUAA